AACGAGAAUAUCUAAAUAUUUUAUAUAUAUUUACUGGUUUUAUAGGAAGAAAAACCGUCACCAAAAAACACAAAAAAAGCUUAAAUCAAAUUUCGUUAAUCCAAAUUGACAGCUCCGCAAGUAGCUCAGUGAAACUUGAUAACUAGGUUUAUGAAUAAUUGCAACACCAUUACACCAACACUAUCAAAAUAAUAUCGCUAGUUCUCCUUUCUGGUAGAAAGAAGCCUGAACAUCUGGAGUCUGUGCCGUUUCAGAUUUCUUAGACAAAACGAUAAAGAAGAAUUUUAAGCCCUUCUCACUUCCUACUAGCCCUCCCUCCCCUACUUGCUAUGCAACCUUCUCGUUUGCUCUGGUCAUUUUUUUCAUUUUCGGCCUAUCCCUAGCUAGAUUUGAAAUAGCUCGCGAGAAAACUUUGAACCAAGCGAACAGCACUCGGAACUUACCAGUGAUAGUAACUGAGCAGAAAGUACAGGACAUUUGAUUCCAGCAUUCGUCUCUCUUGGUCUGUCUAUCUGAUUCUUUUGAAAUGAAUUUCAUAAAAAAGAUUUUUUGGGAUUUCUACAUAUUUUUAAAAAUGCUAAUCCUCGGCAGCUGUAGUUUGAUUUCUGAAAUGUGCUGUUUUGUCCAGCCAAUAAAAAGUCCCAUAAACAGAGAAAAGGAAUACGUCGUCGUCACAGGUGGAAAUCGCGGGAUCGGAUGGUCCACCGUAAAGGCGUUAGCAGAAUCUGGAAUGAAGGUGAUUGUCGGUUGUAGAGAUGGCCCCAGCAGAGACAUUUUAUACCAAUCAGCUAAGCAAGCAGAACUUCCAACCGAGUCCGUAGAAUGGAUCAACCUAGACAUGUCAUCUAUGGAAUCUGUACGAGCGUUUGGACAAGCCAUUCUUGAUAAGAAUAUCCCAAUCAGUCUUUUGAUAAAUAACGCUGGAACCAUGUCACCUUACGCCUUGACAAAGGAUGGUUUCGAGACGCAAUUUGCUGUGAACUAUUUAGGCCACUUUCUAUUAACGCAUCUCCUUUUGCCACGCCUCAUAGAGGCAGGAACGGAAAAUAAAGCAGCAAGGAUCGUUUGUCUUUCUUCGAUAGGCCAUGCGUUCGGGUGGUUUGAAAUAUACGACCUUCAGGCCAAGUCUUACUUUAACAAAUUAUGCGCCUAUUCUCAAUCGAAAUCUGCAAUAAUCAUGUUCACCAAGGUCUUGCAUGAGCGCUUGUCUCUUAAGAAUUAUCCCGUAAAAAUUUAUGCCAUUCACCCUGGAAUUAUAAGAUCUGCUUUAUGGACUCAACAUUGGUUCGCGAAUAUUGGUUAUCUGACGACGAAAUUGAUAGCUAAGACUGAAGAACAGGGCGCUCAACGGGUGGUUCACGCUGCUUUAUCGUCGCAAGUGGAAGACUUGAGUGGGAAUUAUUUUGAAAAUUCGAAAGCAGUCGAGCCGAUAAAGCUGGUUCGCAAUCGCGACACCCAGAAAAAAUUAUGGGAAAAGUCUUGUCAACUGCUUGACAUCUCUCAAUUUGGUGGCUUGCAAUAACACUGAACUGCAUACCUCUCCAAAAUCCCAACUAGCCC